AUGGACCAGCAGCACCAUGGACCAACAGCACCAUGGACCAACAGCACCAUGGACCAGCAGCACCAUGGACCAACAGCACCAUGGACCAACAGCACCAUGGACCAGCAGCACCAUGGACCAGUAGCACCAUGGACCAGUAGCACCAUGGACCAGCAGCACCAUGGACCAGCAGCACCAUGGACCAACAGCACCACGGACCAGCAGCACCAUGGACCAGUAGCACCAUGGACCAACAGCACCAUGGACCAACAGCACCAUGGACCAACAGCACCAUGGACCAGUAGCACCAUGGACGAGCAACACCAUGGACCAACAGCACCAUGGACCAGCAGCACCAUGAACCAGCAGCACCAUGGACCAGCAGCACCAUGGACCAACAGCACCAUGGACCAACAGCACCAUGGACCAACAACACCAUGGACCAACAGCACCAUGGACCAACAGCACCAUGGACCAACAGCACCAUGGACCAACAGCACCAUGGACCAACAGCACCAUGGACCAACAGCACCAUGGACCAACAGCACCAUGGACCAACAACACCAUGGACCAACAGCACCAUGGACCAACAGCACCAUGGACCAACAGCACCAUGGACCAACAGCACCAUGGACCAACAGCACCAUGGACCAACAGCACCAUGGACCAGUAGCUCCAUGGACCAGUAGCACCAUGGACCAACAGCACCAUGGACCAGUAGCACCAUGGACCAACAGCACCAUGGCCCAGUAG